AUGGACGAGGGCCCACGCCAGCGCGCUCGCGGAAACACCUCUCGUAACGCCGCCGUGCCCAAUGAGCGCUCCACCGAGCGACCUCUUCCUCCCUCCCGCCCCAAGACCCAUGAAGAACACCAUGUCCACCAGACCCCGUGCACCGAUAUCGAGACGGUCCGCACCAAGACGACGACGAGCGGGGCCGUCUUCAGCACCAUGAAGAUCGUCAGCGACGAGCCGCAGAGCGACCCCGCACUCUCGUACCCGCCACUAAAACACCAACGACUCCCGCCCGCCCACGUCUUAUCGCCACAGGACGUCCGCGCUAAGAAGCAACUACAACGGCAAAGAGCCGUUUUUGGCGGCCUGCCGCAGACGCUGCCCCUGUCCGGCAUCGAGAUCUUGACGUCGAGGCUCGUGGCGACGCUGAACGAGGAGGGGCCUUCGAAUCAGAUCAAACUGUUCGGCCCAUUUAUCGGGGAGGUGCCCAGACGGUUGGGCUCGACGACGGCCUUGAAUGACGCAGCCGCCUGCUUGACUACCACACACGACGCCAUUAUCCGCAAGCACAGCAAGACACGCAUAAACCCGCAGCUGUACGCCAAAGCGUUGAAGAGCCUCCACGCGGCCAUUCAGGACGAGAGCCAAGUGAGAUCGACAUCGACACUCUGCGCUACAGUUCUCUUGGCAAUCACAGAAGCAUAUGCGGUAGGAGUAUGCGGGACGAACCGCAAUUUCAUCACGCACCUGGGCGGCGCAGCCCGCAUUCUCGAGCUCAGAGGCCCGGAAGAAUUCCAGAACCCUUCCUCAUUCGAGAGAGCUCUGCUGCGAGCCAUUACCGUCGGCGUGGGCCUGGACGCCAUCUUUACAGGGAAAGAAGACAUCCUAGCCACUCGGGAAUGGCACGACAUCGCCUUCGACACUACGGGCGUUACCGAGCCUCGCGCCUCCAUGUUCAAGAUCUCCCGCACACUUUCCCUGCUCCCCUCCCUCACCCGUGAUGUGCGCGCCUUCUUCGCCGGCACCUUCUCCACCUCCUCAUCCCCCCGCAUGACCCGCCUCGCGCUCCUCCACCGCGCCGAAACUCUCCUCAAGAUGCUCGACGAGGUCAGGCCCUACAUCGACGCCACCCUCGCCGACGAGGCACGUGUGCGCCUCGUGCCAGCCGCCAAAGAACACGCCGACCUGUGGCCCAAGGCGUAUCGGUUCGCCGAUGCCGGCGUAGCCUUCGUGCUAUGGUUCUUCUGGAACAUGCGCAUGAUCGCCUCAUCCAUCAUCAUCGGCCUCCACCGCCGUCCGGAUCCCCCCUCCACCGCCACCUCCUCACCAUCCCCAUCGUCCGCCUCCCCCUCCGCCUCCCCCUCUCCUCCCUCCUCCUCAUCCUUCCCCUCGCCUCCCACCUCCCCACCCUGCCCUCAAUCCUCCUUCUACCCACCCUCCCUCCUCGCCGCUCUCGAACGCGACACCAUCCGCAUGGCCCACGACGUCUGCAUGAGCUGGGAACACGCCCGCGCCGUGCGGCCUCUCGGCGCCAUGUACAUCGACGUGGGGCUCAUCAUCGCCUACGGCAUCUUCGCCACGGCUGGGGAUACCGCUCGCCAAGGCUGGCUGCUGCGCGCCCUCGCCGACCUGACCGAGGGCCACCCGGGCGAGGGGACGGGCGAGGGCAUAGCGGGACGCGCGUUCGAGGGCAGUACGAAGGAUUGGACGGCUGAGAGGGUCGAGUGGUUGGGGCGGUGGUUUUCGGCUGGUUGUGUGGAUUUUGUCGGUAUGAGUGGGUUGAAUGGAGAGGAAGAGGUGGGCGAGGAGGCUACUGGCUCGGCUGGUAGUAGUCCUGUCGGGUCGGCGAAUGCUUCGCCGCUGUUGACGGAUCGAGACGCUUCUCCGCAGCUCACGUCGUCGAUGUGGGAUGAAUGGGCGUUCGCUUCUGGUGGCGGGCAGGCUGACUUCUUCGGUGGCUGGAACAACGCCUCCGACCUGUCGUCUUUCCAGGCCGCCGGCAGCAGCAGCGCGUAUGGCGCCGUAGCAGCAGCAGCUCCCACCGGCGGCGGCUACGCCGAGUCCAUCGCUUCGGGCUCGACUGCUACUGGUCUUGCUGCUGCUGCUGGCGGUGCCGCACCGACGGGUAGGCGGAUCAGGUGGCACACGCCGACGACGACGGCGACGGCGAACGGCGGCAUGAAUUACGGGUUUGACAGCUUUAACAACAACUUUGGCGGCGCGCCGCUGCAGAGCAAGUCUUUUGUUGCGUAA